UAUCACUAUGAGAUGACUGGUGGUUGGUAGGCAUGCCAUGUGCCUAAUUACUCAUUUGAUUACAAUGGAUACUGCUUUUGAAAGCUUUUGUGGGUCACCUUUCUGGACCGGCACAUUUUGAAUGAACAUGCCGAUGACAGAAGUCACACUGAACCCAGAAACCUUCAGGCUCAUCUUCACCUGACAGUGGAACUACACAAAUAGGACUAGCACAGUUGGCGCGAUACACACUAUUUUUUCUCUUGUUCUUUGCCAACUCCUUGACAAAACUGCUCUUGUCCGAAAAAUCUGACUGGGCACAAGCAAGCUCAUCAUCAAUGUCAACAACACUGUCCAAUGAAAGCCUGCUACAGAACACAUAUCCAGAUUUGUCACCAUGUUUUCAAAAUACAGUUCUUGUUUGGGUGCCAUGUGUCCUGCUGUUGCUGACAUUCCCCAUCCGACUCUACUAUCUGAGCAGUCCAGCCAGUCUUGUCAUUCAUGUGAAUGCUUUCAACAGAGCCAAAGUGAUUCUUUGUAUAUUGAUUACUUUUGUUAGAUUCCUGGAUAUUCUGAAAUAUGCCAGCGAUUUUUCAGUUGGUAAACCCAUUGCCCUGGUCUACGUUGUCUCACCAGCUGUACAGACAUUUACAUUCAUGGUUGCAACAAUUUUGAUUGAAAAAGAGCGCCACGAAGGGACCAUAUCAUCUGCCGUUCUCUUCAUAUUUUGGUUCAUUCUUCUCAUCACUGGAAUAGUGCCAUUUUAUUCCUACAUCAUCAACUUUGGCAUGGCACAGGACCAUUACAGAAUGGUGACUUUCUACUCUUACUAUUCCUUGCUCAUAGUUGAGUUCAUACUCCACUGUUUUGCUGAUGAACCUCAGGCUACACUGGAAGUUACACAUUCUAAACCCUGUCCUUUCAAAACAGCGUCAUUCUUGUCAUCAAUCACUUUUCAUUGGAUGAAUAAGUUGGUUGUAACAGGCUUCAAGAAAGACCUAGAGGAAUCGGAUAUAUUCAACCUAAGUUUCGAAGAUACCACUCACUAUUCUGCUGCAGAUUUUGAAAAAGCCUGGAAGAAAGAGAGGGAAAAGUAUAAAAAAAAGUCCCAGCUCCACCAACGUCCUGUUCAUCUGCAACACCAUAUCCAGGAGGCUGAUGUCAGUGAACGGACACCCCUUAUCAUGCAAAGAAGUUAUGGCAGUCAUCCAGAACCUUCCCAUGUUGAAAUGCUUAUUGUGAAGCCUGAGCGGGGUGGACCAUCAUUGAUGAAGGUGCUUGUGAAGUUCUUUGGAUGGACUUGGCUCUAUGCACAGUUGUUCAAGCUGGUCCAUGAUGUACUUUUAUUUACAAGUCCAGUUUUACUGAGAUUUCUCAUCAACUUCACAGAGGAUCCAACGAUAGAAGAAUGGCAAGGAUUUUUAUGGGCAGGCUUGUUCUUUUUUUCUGCGAUUAUACAGUCCCUUUUCCUACACCAGCUAUAUUUCUGGACCUCUAGAGUUGGUUUAAGACUUAAGGCUUGUCUUGUAUCUGCUCUUUAUAGGAAGGGUUUAACUGUUAGCCCUGAAGCCGAGAAAGGGACUUCUGUGGGAGAGAUUGUUAACCUGAUGUCUGUGGAUGUUGAGAGAAUAGAGGAUGCUACCAUAUGGUCAUGGAUAGCUUGGUCAUCACCCUUCCAGAUCAUUAUAGCCCUGUGGUUGCUUUGGAAUGAACUUGGAGUGGCUAUCCUUGCCGGUCUUGGAGUCAUGGUGCUUUUACUACCAUUUAAUGGUUGUCUAGCAAGUUGGGUUGAAAAAUACCAGCAAAAACAAAUGGAACUCAAAGAUAGUCGCAUCAAGUUAAUGACACAAGUGUUAAGUGGGAUAAAGGUACUUAAGCUGUACACAUGGGAGGCAUCUUUUCAGGAAAAGGUUAACAGGAUUAGAGAGCAAGAACUUGACAACAUCAAAAAGAUAGCAUGGGGAAAUGCCGUCAUCAAUUUCUCUUGGACUUGUUGCCCAUUUGCGAUUAUUGUUGCUUGUUUUGGUACCUAUAUCGCAAUGUCGCCUGGGAACACACUGACAGCCGAGAGAGCUUUUGUUUCUAUGUCUCUUCUGAACAUUCUACGUUUCCCUAUGACAGUAUUACCCAUGAUGAUCUCUUUUCUUGUAAUGGCACGUGUUUCCAUCAAGCGAUUGACAACAUUCUUGAAAAGUGAUGACAUCGAUGAGCAAAAUGUGAUAUAUAAAACUGGUGCCGGUGAUCCAAUAUCAAUUCAAAAUGGCACAUUCAAGUGGUCAACAGAUGAAAGUGCUGUGCUGAAAAAUGUCAAUUUGAAAGUACCUACUGGUAGCUUGCUUGCUGUGGUUGGGCAAGUUGGAUCAGGAAAAUCUUCUCUUGUUUCUGCAUUACUUGGAGAGAUGAUCAAAGACCAUGGGACAGUCCAAAUAAGGGGGUCGGUUGCUUAUGUGGCUCAGCAAGCUUGGAUUCAAAAUGCCAGUGUCAGAGACAACAUCCUCUUCGGGAAGCUUUUUGAUCAGGUGCAGUACAAUUCUGUGAUUGAAGCCUGUGCUCUUACAAAAGACUUGGAGAUGCUACCGGCUGGAGAUAAAACGGAAAUUGGAGAAAAGGGUAUCAACCUGAGUGGAGGCCAGAAGCAGAGAGUUGCUCUUGCCCGAGCAGUGUAUGCAGAUUCCCAUGUCUACUACCUCGAUGACCCUCUGAGCGCAGUUGACUCUCAUGUUGGGAAACACAUAUUUGACAAUGUUAUUGGAUCUCGGGGCUUACUCAAUCAAAAGACCCGUGUUCUGGUCACUCAUGGAGUGCACUGGUUACCUUUCGUUGACCAGAUUGUUGUGAUGUCAGGUGGCAUGAUCUCAGAGUGUGGUUCAUGUGAUGAACUUCUCAGCCACGACGGUGAUUUUGCUAAAUUUCUUCGUAUCCACCUUACGCUGAAUGAGGAUGAUGGAGAAGAGGAUGAUCCAGAAAUCGAAGAACUCAAGGUAAAGAUGUUACGUCGGAUUAGUGAGGUUGACGUGAGUGACCAUCAGAUCGAUGACAUGGGGGAGAUAGUACUUGUAAGGCAGCAGAGUGUGAAGGAUGUUUUAGAGGAGAAAGGUAAAGAGCUGGUGAUAUCAGGGGAGGUAUUGAUUGAAGAAGAAAAAGUGGAAACCGGCAAGGUUAAGCUGUCAGUCUACAUGAAGUAUUUUAGUGCACUCCAGUGGAAGCUGUUCAUACCAUUCCUCCUCUGUUUUGUCUGUGCUAAGGGGGCCGAAAUCUAUUCCAACAUUUGGCUGGCCACUUGGACAAACUACACAUCAACCUUGAAUUCAAGUGCAACCAAUCAUAGUGACAUACAAGCAAAAAACAACUAUUACCUUGGCAUGUUUGGGGGCAUCGGGGCAGGAGAAGCUGUCUUUGUUGUGAUCUGCUACUUCAUCUAUGCGUGUGCCUCUGUUCGAGCUUCAUUCAGCCUUCAUUCCAGUAUGUUGGAUAACAUCCUCAAAGCACCAAUGGCAUUCUUCGAUACAACACCUGUAGGGCGUAUUGUAAAUCGCUUCUCACGGGAUAUGGAUACAAUUGAUACCGAGAUUCCAAACACAUUUUCAAGUUUGAUCGACUGCAUGUUGUGCGUGGUGAGCACAAUUGUCGUAAUAUCCUACAGCACCCCUAUAUUUCUAGCAAUGCUAUUGCCUUUGAGCAUCCUAUACUAUCUCAUCCAGAGAUUCUACUUGCCAUCUUCUCGCCAGCUGAACCGACUCUAUUCAAAGACAAAGUCUCCUGUGUUCAAUCAUUUCAAUGAAAGUCUGACUGGAUCAACUACCAUUCGAGCCUUUAAGCAUCAAUCUCGAUUUUGUGAUGAGUUGGAGCGAAGAAUGGAUAGGAAUCUCAUGCAUUAUUUUGCAAUGUUUUCAUCCAAUAGAUGGUUAGGCUGCAGGUUGGAAAUCCUUGGAAGUUUAGUGGUAUUUGGUGCUGCUCUCUUUGCUGUACUCGGACGUAGCAGCCUUACUGGAGGCCUGGUUGGACUUUCCAUAACAUAUGGAUUAGAGAUUACUGAAAAUCUCAACUGGAUGGUACGAAUGGCUACCAAUAUGGAGACAAAUGUUGUUUCAGUUGAACGAGUGAAGGAAUAUGCAGAGGUGCAGAGAGAGGAUGAAUGGUACAGGAAGGAUUAUAAUGUCCCAACGAACUGGCCAAGCUACGGCAAUGUAGCAUUUGAGCAUUAUUCUACACAAUAUCGAACAGGGCUGGAUUUGGUUCUUAAAGGUGUUAGCUUCCACAUAAAGGGAGGUGAAAAGGUGGGCAUUGUAGGAAGAACUGGCGCGGGGAAGUCCUCACUGACGUUGUCUUUGUUCCGAAUCAUUGAAGCUACUGGCGGCCGUAUAUGUAUAGAUGGAGUAGACAUCGCUAGCCUAGGACUGCACCAAUGUCGAUCAAAGAUUAGUAUUCUCCCCCAGGAUGCUGUCUUGUUUUCUGGAAGUUUGCGGAUGAACCUCGAUCCGUUUGAGCAGUAUUCAGAUGAGAAGAUUUGGCAAGCUUUAGAACAUGCACAUCUGAAGGAGUUUGUCACAUCUAAAACUGAACGACUGGAUUAUGAGUGUGGUGAAGGUGGAAAGAAUCUGAGUGUUGGACAAAGACAGCUUGUCUGUCUGGGAAGAACACUACUUCGAAGAACAAAGAUUCUCGUCUUUGAUGAAGCUACAGCGGCAGUGGAUCUGGAGACUGAUCGCCUGAUUCAGUCAACCAUAAGGGAAGAGUUUGCAGAGUGCACAAUCCUGACUAUUGCACAUAGACUCAACACAAUAAUGGAUAAUGACAGAAUCAUGUUGCUCAGUGACGGCCAGAUUGUUGAAUUUGAUUCUCCUACAGAGCUUUUAAAGAAAGUGAAUGGUGCAUUCUACAAUAUGGCUAAGGAUGCUGGAUUGGUGUCGAACUUUUAAAGAUGGUGGAUUGUAUUCUAUAUGCUGGCAACAAGCUGGCUCAUGAUCAUAUGGACAUUUCUAAUUUAUGUUGUGAGUAAGGAUGGUCUUUGCAAGACCAAGCAAUUGUUUAGGCUUCUAUCAUAAGGUCACUAUCAAAAAAUAUUUAUGUAUCUUGUAUUCAUACACUAUAUUCCUACAUAUCUGGUCUCCCAUGGUUUGUUUCUUGACGUAGAAUGCCCACCACUACACUAGUUGCAGUUGUCAGGGAGAGGGGUAAGACAGGUUCACUGUGUCUGGAGGGUAUCUGAAUAGGCUAGAGGGGUAUUGUAAUCAGGUGCGAUGGUUGUCUAUCUGUCUGCACAUCCACCCAGUUAUUGGUUUACAUCGAUUUCCAGGAGAAUUAUCUGGACCUUUGUCAAGCAGGGUUGAACACUUUGAAACUAGCAUGUGGGCUAAUGCAGGUGAGGAUGAGGCAAGGUCAGUCAUAAUGGCAUCAGCAUUGGCCAUUAGGUAUAUCUCCUGAUACUAUUUCAAAGCGGUAUCAUUAUUACAGUUUUGAAAGUGGAGCCUUUAUAGUGUUUUUGGUAGCCAAGGCCAGUACUCAGUUUGAUCUGUGAUAGCAUACACAAUCAAUAAUGUGCUGUGACAAGUAGAACAACUUAUAUAUCAAGCUAUGAGCAAAGUUUUGUUUAAAGUUCAAUCAUAUUAUGCAAAGCACAAAUGUAGUUUCCUCUUUGACUGCUAAAUUGCCUAUUUAUUCUGGUUUUAAAUGGAUAAUACCUGAUAAGCUAAAAUAGGUGCUGUGAACUGCUACCAAACUAAACAAACAAACCGGAACACCGCAAUUAUCUUCAAUUAAGGGAUAGAGGUAAGAAUGGAAUUUAUGUUUGGAGCCUAAUAAUAUUUCUGAAUCAAAUUAUCUCCAAAUUAUUAAAACAUGGAAUGAAUGGUAAAUUCACAUUUGGCAUACUUUACAAGUAAUACAUAUAAUACUGGUACUGGGCCACUGCAC